CAGGUGAAUAGUCAUAGUUUAUGCUAAAGCAACAGACUGCAGAGAAACCAAUCGGACUUUGUAGAAAUUAGAGAAUUAGAAUAUGUUGAAUUUCUUACUAACAUUUGAUUUUCAUAAUUAGAGUUUUGAUUUUUGAAUCAGAGACCUAAAAUAAUCCGUAGAUACAAGUAGGCACCAAAAUGCUACCUAACGUUAGGAUUUGCAGGAGCGAGCACUCGUGACCAUGGAGAAAAUUGAGACACAGCUGUAAAGCUAACAAGCUGACUUGGAACCCCUUUAAGCACAUCGAACAUGCUCCCCAUUCAAUUUUUCCAUCGUUAAAACCAUUCCCAAUCUCAGUUUUUAAUAUUUUUUUCUUUCAUAAAACUAUGUUCAUCCCGUGAUCCACUCACUCUCUUAAUUGCGAUUCCCUCGGCGUUUAUCUCCAUUCCUCGCUAAACGAUAAAAAGCGAAAUUCCCACUAAAAUUUUAUUGCAAGUUUGCAACUUUACCCUCUUUUUCUACCCAUCAGAAAUGGAGUCGCUGGAAAGCCGCGGGUUUUGUUUCUUUCAAUGGACCGUAUGGUUUCUUCCUUGGUUAUCCUUUCUGUUAUGGUUUUGCUUUUUGGAAGUUUUGCAGAAUCAGUUCUUGUGCCCAAUCAACUGCUCCAGCGGUGAAAGGGCAGCUGCUGCUUCGCAUUUUGUUGCUAGCAGUCCAUUUGACUAUAUGGGACAUGAUACAGAGGCUCUAUGCUUGCAGCAAACUACGCAUAGUCGAAUGCCAUCCACAAAUCACCUUUAUAUCCAAAGUCACUCGUCUGUACGGACUAGGACCAGUGCAAGAAGAAGUCAUAAUGCUGUUGGAGAAGAUAACAUUAUAUUGAACCCUAGAUUUGGGGAUGGCCUUAAUAAUUGGUCUAGCAAAGGCUGCAAGAUUGAACUGCAUGAAUCUAUGGUAGACGGAAAAAUCAUUCCGCAAUCAGGAAAAGUCUUUGCUUCUGCAACAGAAAGGACAGAAAAGUGGAACGGAAUUGAACAAGAGAUCACUGGAAGAGUACUGCACCAUGUUGCUUAUCAGGUCACAGCAGUGGUUCGCAUAUACAGUGACAAUGUCACCAGUGCUGCUGUACAGGCCACUUUGUGGGUUCAAGAACAAGAUCUUCGUGAAGAGUACUUGGCCAUUGCCAAUUUGCAGGUUACAGAUAAUGAUUGGGUACAGUUACAGGGAGAGUUCCUUCUUAAUGCUUCCCCAUCAAGAGCAAUAAUAUAUUUAGAAGGUCCACCUCCAGGAACUGAUAUACUUAUAAAUAGUUUAAAUGUGAAGCAUGCAGAGAAAAUCUCUGCAUCAGCUCGACCAGUUUCUAAGGAUGUCCCUUUUGGAAUGAACAUAGUUGAUAAUAGCAAUCUUGAUGAUGGCACCACUGGAUGGUUUCCUCUUGGUAACUGUGCUUUGAGUACUGAAACUGGUUCACCACGUGUAUUGCCUCCAAUGGCAAGAGAAUCUCUUGGACCUAAUAAGCCUCUAAGUGGCCGGUACAUUUUGGUAACCAAUCGUUCAGAUUCUUGGAUGGGUCCUGCACAAAUGAUAACUGAUAAAUUGAAACUCUAUUUGACAUAUCAAGUAUCUGCUUGGGUUCGUAUUGGCGCUGGAGCAACUGGCUUUCAGAUUUUGAAUGUUGCACUUGGUAUGGAUGGAGAAUGGAUAAAUGGGGGUGAAAUUGAGUCCAGUGAUAACAAGUGGCAUGAAAUUGGUGGGUCAUUUAGAAUUGAGAAGCAACCAUCUAAUGUUAUGGUUUAUGUACAAGGUCCUGCUUCAGGUGUUGAUUUGAUGGUGGCAGGACUUCAGAUUUUUCCUGUAAAUCGGAAAGCAAGGUUUAAGUAUUUGAAGAAGCAAACUGAGAAGAUACGCAAGCGUGAUAUCAUCCUAAAAUUUUCAGGAUCAGAAACAAGCAAUUUUCUUGGCAACUUUGUUAAAGUUGAACAGACACAAAACAGUUUUCCUUUGGGAUCAUGUAUAACCAGAACCAGCAUGGACAAUGAUGCAUUUGUUAAAUUUUUAGUUAAAAACUUUAACUGGGUUGUGUUCGAAAAUGAAAUGAAGUGGUCAUGGACCGAACCACAAGAGGGUAAAUUCAAUUACAAGGAAACUGACGAGCUUGUGGACUGGUGCAAGAGCCACAACAUGGAAAUGCGAGGUCACUGUAUAUUUUGGGAAAUGGAGUAUGCAAUUCAAUCAUGGGUUCGAUCCUUGAAUGGGAUUGACUUGAUGACUGCUGUACAGAAUCGUCUAACAGACCUUCUCACUCGCUACAAAGGAAAGUUCAGACACUAUGAUGUGAACAAUGAGAUGCUGCAUGGAUCAUUUUAUCAAGAUCGACUGGGUAAAGAUAUCCGAGCAAACAUGUUCAAGACUGCCCACCAACUUGACCCAUCUGCCACCCUCUUUGUGAAUGAUUACCACAUUGAGGAUGGAAGUGACAUUAGAUCAACGCCGGAGAAAUACAUACAGCAAAUUCUUGAACUCCAAGAGCAAGGUGCUCCAGUGGGAGCAAUUGGUAUUCAAGCGCAUAUCGAUGUUCCAGUUGGACCCAUUGUUUCUUCUGCUUUGGAUAAAUUAGGAACUCUUGGUCUUCCAAUCUGGUUUACAGAACUUGACGUGUCUUCUGCUAAUGAGUAUAUUAGAGCGGAGGAUUUGGAAGUAAUGCUCCGCGAGGCUUAUGCACAUCCGGCAGUUGAAGGUGUGAUUCUAUGGGGAUUCUGGGAGUUGUAUAUGUCCCGGAAAUAUGCUCAUCUAGUGAAUGCAGAUGGUAAAAUCAAUGUAGCAGGUAAAAGAUUCCUUGCUCUUAGGAAAGAGUGGCUCUCUCACGCUAAUGGUCAUAUUAAUGAGCAAGGAGAGUUCAGAUUUAGAGGAUUUCGCGGGACGUACAAUAUUGAAAUUAAUUCCUCUUCAAAGAAAGUUAACAAGACAAUUGUUGUUGACCAGGGUGAGUUACCACUUGUUGUCUCUAUUGACUUGCAAGACUUUUAGGCGUUUGUUAUUCUUAAACUAGUAAUCAUUAAAUGUUAGAAUUACUAAUCAGUUGCUAUUUUCCUUAUAUAGAAAGACAAUUCAAAGGAAUGUCUUUCUCGUCUGCAAGUUCUUAUGGUGAUCUACAGUCUGCAAUAACAUCAUCUUUUAAAUCUUCUC